AUGUCUUUCCAACCCAUCAAGAACUCUUUCCGUUUCGUGAACACCGCUUCAAGACCUUCAUCUCUUUUCACUCGUCAAUUCCACGCAAGAACUAUAAUGGCUGCUCAGGUUCCUUCUUCGCACGACAUCUCGGCCGUCGCCAAGGAAGAGAACGGUCCCGUCAAGGGCUCUGAAUCUGCUCAGAUGCAGAGCCAGGUCGGCAAGGUCCAGAACUUCGAGAGCGCUGCUCAGGAUGUCCUCAGCAAGAUGCAGCAGGACCCCAGCUCCAUCACCGCCGACGACGCCAACUACCUCAAGUCUCGUGAAGCCCGCGCCACCGGUCAGGCUCAGCCUCCCAAGGACAGUGUCUCCGCCGACGCUCAGCGUCUCGCCGCUGCUAACGAGAAGGGCACUACACCCAAGACCGGCCCUCUGGAUCCUGCCGAGCAGUCCCAUCUUACCAAGGAGCGCAACCUCGAGCAGGCCGUCAACCAGGUCGGCUCCAAGGACCCUUCACAGAUCACCCAGGACGAUGCCAACCUCCUUCACAGCCGCGAGCAGCGUGCUCACGGUCACACUGAGAAGGGCGGUGUUGCCGCUCAGGCUCAGCACAUCGCCACCGAGAACUCCCGCUCGUAA